GCGUGUCCCAGGGGCAUUUGACGCGGAAUUGUUAAAUUUGAGAUUUUAGAUUCGAAAAUAACAUGUUUGUCACAGUGAAAAUAAGACAAAGUGACAGAAGUAUUACCAUAGAACAGGCUUCUGUCAUCACAGUAGACCGUGGCAAAAUAGCUUACAACUUAGUACAAAGUUAGUUACACUAAAAUUGCCGCUAUAUAUGGAGGGUUUGGAUGCGAUAUAAUUAAUUGCCGGUGUUUAGGUGGCUAUACCAGAAUAAACAGCAGCAGAUCCAGUGAGGGAAACUGAACUGGAUCUGGCUGUUUGGAAUUUUAAAUUUAUUUCGGUCUUCUUUACAGCAAUCUAUUUAUUUUGGAUUUUCAAGUGUUUAAAUAAAAAAGACAAAUCUCUGCACAACAUUUGAGGAAGCGAAAUCAUUGAGAUGCCUGGGGCCCCUGCAACUCGUCGGAGGAGUAAUCGAUUCUGGUCGCUAGCAGGAAUGGACUUCGGUUUGUCAAAGCCAAAGACAAACACUUCGAUGAAAGUUGCUGCAGCAGUCUCUCUUACUGUGCUAUGCAUGAUCAUGCUACAACAUUCCUCCCACACUGUUUCUACCACACAUCAUGAGGUAUGCAUCAUGCUACAACAUUCCUCCCACACUGUUUCUACCACACAUCAUGAGUUACCUAAGCUUGAAGAAGGUGUUCAACACAUUUUAGUCACCGGUGGAGCAGGAUACAUUGGGUCACAUGCUUCUUUACGAUUGUUGGAAGAUGGUUACAUGGUUACAAUAGUGGACAAUUUAUCUCGGGGAAAUAUAGGAGCUAUACGUGUAUUGCAGCAAUUAUUUCCGAACUCUAACCAGUUGCGUUUCAUAUUUGCUGACUUGGGUGACAAAAGGGCUGUGGAUAAAAUAUUCAAAAACAAUGCAUUUGAUGCAGUCAUGCAUUUUGCUGCUGUUGCUUAUGUUGGAGAGAGUACUCUUGACCCAUUAAGAUACUAUCAUAAUAUUACAUCAAACACUUUGACUCUAUUAGAGGCAAUGUUUGUCAAUAAUGUAAAUAAGCUUAUUUAUUCCAGCACCUGUGCAACAUAUGGAGAGCCUAAGAUGAUGCCAAUAACUGAGGAUACCCCUCAAGUACCCAUUAAUCCCUAUGGAAAGGCAAAGAAAAUGGCAGAGGAGAUGAUAAGAGACUAUGCUAGAAGCUCAGAUCUGGGAGUAACAAUCUUGAGGUAUUUCAAUGUUAUUGGCUCCGAUCCUGAAGGAAGGCUUGGUGAAGCACCAAGACCUGAGUUGCGAAAUCAUGGUCGAAUAUCUGGUGCAUGCUUUGAUGCAGCUAUGGGCAUCAUCCCUGGUUUACAGAUCAAAGGUACAGAUUAUGAAACAAGAGAUGGAACAUGCAUCCGAGAUUAUAUUCAUGUAACUGACUUAGUUGAUGCCCAUGUCAAGGCACUGAACAACACUCGGUUAGGGGAAGUCAGUAUUUAUAAUGUGGGCACUGGAAAAGGUAGUUCUGUUAAGGAGUUUGUUGAAGCUUGCAAAAAAGCAACUGGUGUCAAUAUAACCGUAGUCUCUUUGGAGAGAAGACCAGGUGACUAUGCUGAAGUGUAUAGCAAUCCUUCAAAAAUACAGAGUGAACUUAAUUGGUCUGCUCAGUAUACAGAUCUUACAGAAACUUUGACUGUUGCUUGGAGGUGGCGGAAAUCCCAUCCUAAUGGCUAUGCAAACCAAUGAAAUUUUUAACGUUACUUAGCCAAAGCACAAUUCGCAACAUUUGGAAUCCAUCCAUGGCUAUCUGAAACGAUGAGCUCCUUAUGUAUGAUUUGGAUCUAGCAUGUCGAAAGACACAUUGCGGCGUAUAUGGAAUCAUAGGUAUAUUUAUUAUUGUAUUUAGCGCGCUAUGUGAUUGCAUUUAUCAAAUAUUGCCUUCCAUGUUAGAGAAUGGAAGCUCUUGGUUCUAUUUCUAUUGGAAGAGGAACAUGUAGUCCUACUUAAAAAGAUGAGAUAUUCAUUGUCCAAUCCGAGAUGCGGGUUACGAGCUUGGUUCAAACAUACACUUUAUGCAAAUGGAAAAGAUUAUUUUUUGUAA